AUGGACCAAAUAGGUGGAGUGAGACUGAGGGGUAUAUUUAUCCCAACAAAUGGAGGAAGGAAACGUUUAGAAGACCAUGACUACAAAUCCUUCAUAAGUAUUUUGAGCGUGUAUAGAAAGGAGAACAAGGACAUCAAAGAGGUGUACCAUGAGGUUGCCAUAAUUCUCAAUGAACAUCCAGAUUUGCUAGAUGAGUGCACUAUGUUCUUGUUGAAUUCAAGUACUAAUUUGGACAACAACAAAACGUUGAUGAGGUUGCAUAAAGAGCAAAAAACGACGCGUGCUGAAAAAGAGAAUAUGGGUAAAAGAACUCACAUUGAGGAUUAUGAAGAACAAGUUGAAGAUGCACUGAAACACACACAUGUCAAAGAGUUCACUUUUUGUGAAAAGGUAAAGGAAAGAGUAAGAAGUCGGGCGGAUUAUCAGGCAUUCCUAAAAUGUCUUUAUAUUUAUAGCAAAGAAAUAAUUACAAGAGAGCAGUUACAAAGAUUGGUUGCUAAUACACUUGCAAAAUAUCCUGAGCUUAUGGAGGGUUUCAAUGAAUUUAUAGAGCGUUAUGAACGAGUUGUUGGAUUUCUUGCAAAGUGGGAUGAAGAGCAAGACAAAGAUCAAGAUGAGGCUUCUCCACAGAGAAUUAAUCUUGAACAAGUUGUCACCUUUGUGAAGAAAGUAAAGGAGCGUUUUCAACAUGACGAUCAUGUGUAAAAAUCCUUCUUAGACAUUUUGAAGAUGUAUAAAGAGGAGCACAACAAGAACAUCAAUGAUGUCUAUCAUGAGGUGAUAAGUCAUUUUUAAUUUGGAUACACAAAUAUUAUUAGAUAGUCUUGAUGUUUUAAUUUGUGACUAUCUUUAUCUUUUAUGUGUAGGUUGCCAUAUGUCUCAUUGAUCAUCCAGAUUUACUUGAAGAUUUCACAAAAUAUCUGCCAGAGUCUUCAUUCCCAAUGCUUAAGCUUUAUCUCCAUGAAUUAACCAUCUUCUUUAGUUCGUUAUAAUAAUGCUACUAUCGUGACUAAAGCUUUGUAUCAUUCUUGAAGAACUAUUAGGGAUAUUGGUUGGUUGUUUGGAG